AUGCUCACCAAGGACAUGGAAUACCACCCAGUAGUAUACAGCCUCAAGGAAACGCCUGGAUAUUUCAUGAGCCGAGCGAAAGCAUUGCUUAUUCUGCUUGCGUUUGUCUCGCUGGUGAUUGUCUUAAUUGUACUAGCAGUGAUGUUAGCUCAGCAGAAGGGAACGCAAGGAAAGGUGUGCGAAAGCAAAGAUGAUCCCACUGGUAAGUGAAAAUGUGGGGCCGACGUCAAUGGGUCAUGACAAUGAGUCAUGAGACAAGUUAUAUACACUGACAAAAGCAUUAAAUAUAGUGAUUUUGCCGGGUUUUCGGGGCUAAAAUUCUCAUACGAAGGCCAUGAAGACGUCAUAUUCACUCCGCCGUAUGUUAGCUAAUGAGGGUAUGUCUGUGCUAUACCGGAUAUGUCAGUCUUGUGCCAUAUCGGAAAGGUUUUUAAUGAACACAUCAGAAAGGUGAUUUCGGAGCGGUUUCAUUAACGUAGCGCCGCGUCGAUCUUGAACAGGUGUUCGUACGAGGGCCGAGUACUUUUCAUCUCGACAUGAUAAGAAUAGAGAAUCGUGUACGACAAGGACGGAGGGAUCAAUUAGGUCUACCAACAACAGAUUUAAAUAGGAACAUUCUUUUGAAGUCUAGGGCCUAGGCAGCACAUUGCUCUGCCAGAGAUGCUUUAAUACGAUAACAAAAUACUGAAUAAUACAAUUAAUAAAAGAUUCCACUUAAACUCACCGCAUGAUCGUUUGCUUACGUUGUUGUUAAAACAAUCACUUCUGAAUCAUUGACAAGCAAUUGCCUACCUCUAUCAAGCAUUAUAUAUUCCUAUAGGUAGUGGUGAAAACAACCCACAUUUUUGAGCAGUGGGGAUUGAGUCCACCACUGUACGCGCGACGCCCAAUUAUAACGCACGAGGGGCAUAUUAUUUGUAUGUCAAAAAACUGUGAUUACUUGUCUCCUGAGAGCCGAAUUGGCAGCAGAAUUGCUUUACAAUGAUAAAGGCUGGUACUGGCCACUAUUGAGUCGAAAUACGGCAACCGAGGUAUUUUUUUUGUUGAUCAAUCCUUGCAGCUGUCGUUCAGACAAAAAUUUAUGCUUCACUAACGUUGAGUUUCAUAGCGAACAAUUGACAUAACUUAACUAAUGACGGCAACUGACGAGCAAAGUCCAUUCAAGUUAGAAAGGAAAAUAUGCCGGGGGCAAAGGUGAGGGGUACCUUUAUUCAACCUUUAUUCAAAAAUCUGUAGUCUUGCAACGGGUUUGCCAUCACGCAAGACGCCUAACUAAAUAAAAUGAAAUAAAAUUAGAAGUAAUGACGUUAAAAAAUUUUCUACAAAAGAUGAAAUGAAAAAAAUAUAUAUAUAUUCCACAGCAUCAAUCACAGUAUGCAAUAUUAAAAUUCAUCAUUGACUAAAAUACUCAAAUAAGACUUUUUUGAGUCGAUCUGCCGACUGAAUGCCAACAAUUUCGCUUGGUAACGCAUUCCAGGCCUCUACAGGCUCCACCUAUAAAAUAAUUAAGAAACGUUUCAGUCAUGCUUCAGAUAAAUUAACUAAAGAAAAGGGAUUUUUACAAGUUGAAAUACUAUCACAUCCACACUAAGGAAAUCUGUUCGGCAUUAUUUGAAUGAUAAACAAAAGAAACAAAAUUGUUUUUUUUGUGUGUUUGUUUACUCGGCUUUCGGAUAGGAUUGCUGUUCUCCCGAAAUUAUAUAGUGUUCAUUAACUUCCCAGUUCCCAGGGUUUAAAUAAUAGAUGCACUGUUCUUAAGCAGGUAAGUGAAGACGGUACAGUUUUUAAGUGGAGGGUCAGAUAUGAAAGAGGUGCCAUUUUUGUCAAAAAUGGUUUAUAAAGGCUUAGGAUUUGGAACUCGUGGCAGAGUCCCCCGGAUAAUAUUAUUUUGUUGAGUUGCUCCCCUUGUCAGCUCCCUUUCCGUGCCCCCUCCGAGAAGAAAACCGAACCUUUAAAGCAUUUCUGAAUCCAAUCACAGAUUCCUUCAAACUUAACCUUUUCUAUUUUUCUUCCCGUCUAGACGAAAAGUCAUCCUUAAGCCCAUUAUCCUGUGAUGUCGUUGUGGUUGGAGGUGGUAUUUCAGGAUUAUACAUGGCAGAGACACUCAUGCGAAGGAAGAAAGAACAUGACGUGUGUUUGUUUGAAAAGGAUUCGAGGUUCGGCGGAAAAAAUUAUGACGUCGCCUUCAAAAAAGCUCAAAACGUCAGCCUAAGUAAGAAACUUCAUUUUCCUUGGACUUGA